UCCCACUCGGUCUACACACACAAUACGGCUCAGUCAACUUUGCUCACGAUCAGUCGACCGCUGACAGUCGCUAUCGACAGUAUACGCGCGCAGCCCAAGUAAACAAAGACAUCACCAUGUUUGGCGCUGGAACGGUAGCGAUGGUGCUCUUCUUCUGGAUGAACACCUACGAAUUCUUCUAUCCCGAGAGCAUCCGAAUCCCGCCAUCGCGUAUCAACCACGUCGCACCAGCCGGCAAGUAUCUGAUCUUCGACCGGCACUCGUACGAGAACAGGACUCGGGCGUAUCUCCAGUGCGACGAGCCGCAGCAGCGACCCGAGCCGGGCUCGUUGAGCGAGUUCAUCCAGUGCGAGGUGUACCGCGACGACGGCCUCGGCCACCAGGACAAGUGCCCCGUCACCCUCUUGACCAAUCGCCGGAGCGCGGGCCGCCUAGAUCCCGCCCACACGAGACUGCGCCUCCUGGGCGACGACAAGGUGAUACUGAGCUGGCGCGAUCCCAGCCUGCCGGCCGAUUCGCCCAACAAGUGGCGCUUGCAGGUCGUGCACUUCGGCGACUGCUCGCUGCACGAGGCCGAUCCGCGCAGACUCAGGUAUCUGCAGCCGCUGACCUUCGUCGUCUUCGAGAACUGGUUCGUCGCCAUCGUGUACAGCGAGCGCAAGGACAGCAAGUGGUACACGCCGCCCGAGGCCCAGAACAACGUGAUCAGGCUGUGGGUCGGCUUCAACGAGCGCCUCGACGUCGACGCGGGCCCGUUCUUCUGGCAGAAGCAGGUGGACCGCGACGAUCGCAUGAUCGUCGCGCCGCUCGACGACAAGAAUCCCAAGAGCGAUUACCUGCUCAUCGAGACCUAUCGGAUGGAGCGGCGCAAACAGACGGUGGCGCGAGUCUCGAUCGUCUAUCACGACCUCAAGAUUCUGGGCCUGCAAAAGUACGUGGUCGUCGACGGCGAGCUCGAGAGCAAGCCGAACAAGAUCGAUCCGUACGAGCGCGUGGCCUACUCGACGAGCAACAAUCGCAUCGGCGUCUGCGCCAAGAUACCCCUCGGCAACGGCCAAUAUCGGGCCGACUGCAACCAGUGGGAUCGUAAAGGCUAUCCGAUCCUCAAGGAGGAGCUCCAGAUGUAUCCCUACCGCCACUGGGCGGAGAUGUCCAUGCUGAAUCUGCCCGGCCAGCAGGGCAUACUCCUGCUCACGGCCAACUGCCAGGACGCCUCGUGCAAGCCCGACCAGAAGCACGUACACUUCGUGUCGCGGAUCGAUCAUCGGGGCAUCAACGUCAAUCGCUCGCACACCUUCUCCAAGCUCGAGUGCGAUCGCGCCACCAAGAGGUCCGACGUGCGGCUGUUCCAGGACCGACCCGGACGCUACUGUCUGACCGAGGUCUGCUACGAGGACUUCGAGGACGAUCGCAAGGUUCGGAAGAGGAGGAAGCUGCAGCGACAGCAGCAGCCAGAGAACAAGACGGAGGAGUUCAAGUUUUGGACCAAGUGCUUCAACGAGAUACCCGAGGGGAGCGUAUCGACGACGGCCGUCAAGCCGCGGCAACAAGAGCCGGAGGACCAGAUCGACGCCAUGCUGAAUUACUUGUAUGAAUUAAUUAGCGACUGGUUCAGCCUUGUAUGAUUUUGUUUUGACGAGCUGCGCGAUCGAUCGAGAUUUUGUUUAUAUUUCCGUUGAUAUGAAAUUGUAUAUACUACUCUUGCGAUAAAUUUUACGUCGAUUGUACGUACGAUGUACAAACACAUUUGAUAUGACUUCGAUUUUGGAUAAAUAAAUCAUUUUUGAUAAUUCAAACGA